GGUUAGAAGAAUGAUCCCGAAAAUGAGCUUUAAAGAAGUCAAAAGCUUCCUACAAAACAGAGCUAAAAAGCAGGAUAAUAUGUUUGAAGAUCCUAAUGCUAGAUACACGCUGGAACAGCAAGUGUUUAAAAAUGGACAUAAGAAUAAGAGCGAGAUUCGAUGUCCUGAAAUAGUAACCAGUCGAAAAUAGUGGAAGAAAGCAUACACCUAAUUUUCAAUCCCCUCUGAGUAAUAGAGUCUUAAGACCUCAUAAGAGUCAACUGAAGAUGGAUUAUGAUCCUUCAAUCGAGAUGCGUAAUAGGGGCCAUCCUUGCAUUUCUCAGGAUCUUAAUCUAGACCAUGAUGAGCCUAGAAGGCCAGUUGUUCGAAAAUAAGCUUGAUGAUUACUUUAAGCUGAAAAAUACAUUUGUAAAAUAACCAACCCAUCAAAAGAACUCCGCAAAACAAGGAAUACCAGGAACUGGUCAAGAAAAAGCAGCAUGAUGAAGCCUUAGGAAUUAAUAAAUACAAAGCUGAGAAUAAAACGUAUAGUAAACUCCAAUUAGGAAGCGGCCAAUAUGGCCUUAUUGAUAAACAGGGCAGAUAUCGUAACAAAUUAAAACACAGAAUUAGUCCAAGAAGAGCUAAAUUCAGGAAGAAGUUGAACAACAUGAUCAUGAAUAUGUACUAAAAUUAA